CCGAGGGUAGACGCUGGUGGCUAUUUUGGGAAUUUGUAGAUGUCAUUUCCCCCUUAUUUUGUUCGCGUUUGACGCAUUUUUAAACAUGUCAACGUUGCUCCCGCUCAUUUGAGUUUUGUGACCGUGUCGAUUUUGGCGUGUCAAUGGAGGACAUUUUGCAAUUUGCCGUCCAGCGCAUUUGGCUGCUCUGUUUCCAGUAUUGGUAUUCCCUCGAGCCCCAGUGUAAAUGUUUGUUUUAGGCAUGAAAUAGGCGGAAAGCAGUAGCCCACGGGGACGAGACAGCGUGGGGGCUUUUCACGGCGAGUGGCGCGGAAAGCGAGCAGAAGGUCCGGAAUUGAAGCGAGGCGGUCGCAAGCCUCCAUGGAUCGCGCAAGGAGAGUCGAUUGAACAUCAGAUUCUCCAAGGUGAGUGGCUUCGGUUCUUUUCCGAACAAGGAGGUUUCCUCUCACUACUGCAAAGCACCGGUGCUCCGUCGCUCUGCUGACCCUCGCCAGGCGUCAUGGGUACAGUGCUGUCCCUCUCCCCGAGCUACCGCAAGGCAGCCCUGUUCGAGGACGGCCCGGCUACAGUGGGUCACUACACGGCGGUCCAGAACAGCAAGAACGCUAAGGAUGCUGCGGCGGCUGCUGCCAAAUCCCUCAAGCGCCCCUCCAUCAUCAGCGUGUUGCCGUGGAAGCGUAUCGUGGCCGCAUCAGCCAAGAGAAAGGGCUCCAAGAAGCUGCAGUCCGACGGCGGCGACGGCGGGAAAGGAUGCUCGCCGGACGCGGACGACGUCAUCGCCUCUGAUUCGGCGUCUAACAGCUCGAAGCUGAAGAAGUCUCAGUCCUGUGCAAAUCUUUCCUCUUAUUCUGCCAGCCAGGAUCCCUCGGCCACCACCUUGACGACCUCCUCCCACCUCCCGACCUCCAAGACCCUGAUUAACGUAGCUACUGUCGCUCCCAAAAAGAAUUCCCUAACUGGCUCUGGGAUCCAGCCUUCGACUGCGGUCGGUACACCAAAGCGUGUCAUUGUUCAGGCCUCCACCAGUGAGCUGAUGCGCAGCCUCGGCGAAUUCCUGUGCCGCCGUUGUUACCGUCUGAAGCGUCUCUCGCCGACCGAUCCCGUGCUGUGGCUGCGCAGCGUGGACCGCUCCCUUCUCCUUCAGGGCUGGCAGGAUCAGGGCUUCAUCACGCCGGCCAACGUGGUCUUCCUCUACAUGUUGUGCCGCGACGUGGUCUCCGCCGAGGUGGCCUCGGAGCGCGAGCUGCAGGCCUCGCUGCUCACGUGUCUCUACCUGUCCUACUCCUACAUGGGCAACGAGAUCUCAUACCCGCUGAAGCCCUUCUUGGUCGAGGCCGAGAAGGAGGCCUUUUGGGACCGCUGCCUGGAGAUCAUCAACCGCAUGAGCGGCAAGAUGCUCCAGAUCAACACCGACCCGCACUUCUUCACCCAGGUGUUUGCUGACCUGAAGAAUGAGAGCAAGAAAGAAGAGGAGAAGACCAAACUCUUUAUAGGCCUUGACCGAUAAAAGGAGGAGGAGAGAAAAGAGGGAUGUGGGAAUGGAGGGCUGUGAUAUGGAGAGGACAGGCGGACUACUGCAACGCAGUGCGACGCUACUUCGGAACAAUGGUGUUGUCUGGCGUCUCGAACGCUCUACGGUGCUGCACACCGGUCUGUGAUCAAGGACGAGGAGUUCGCAGAGUCUCACGGGGCACCGAAAUACAAUUUCAUAUCGAGAAACGUCGUGCCUCAUUUAAAGGCCGCGCUCAUUACGAUGUGUGCUAAACAUACUUCGAUGACGAUUAUUGGAAUAUCUGCUCGGCGGAUUCAAUUGCCUCCGAUGACCUUUGUGCCAGUGCCAGUUGAUAUCUCCAGGGAUCGAAGGUCAAAUCUUACCGUCUCCCUGGCUCGAUACAUUUUGGGCCGAAGCGGUUGUUCAAUUUGACAAGCUGUUUCCCUGGAUGUCGUUUGAAAAAGGAAAAGAAAUGGCAGCUUGUGAUCCUGUGCAAGUGUCAGCGACAGUGUCGGUUUCCUUUUGGAGAAAAAGAAGUUAGAAACGCCAGACAACAUUCAUUUAAGAAGUAACGGUGAAUAAUAGAAACUUGGAAAUACAGGAUAUUGAUACAACAUUGCAUGAGCUCACGCCACAUAUCAUUGCACGUGACCCCGUGCUUACGGCCGACUCCACUUCACCUUAGUCCUGUUCUCAUGCCGAAGCUUGUUCCGCUCAUCAACGCUGGCCGUCGGGCCCACGGUCGAAACUUCAAACGCGUACGAUCAAAAAGCAUAUCUGUAUUCGAUAUACUCGUCGUGGCAUCGUACUUAAAAAGGGUAUUAUGAGUCAAAGGUGCUUGGAAGUCAUGCGGAAAGAGCACACAUUGUGUCAGCAAAACGGCCCGGCGGUAAAUUGCUGCCCAAAACGUACCGGAAUGCAAUACCCAAUCCUCCUGAAUGGGCUUUUAUAGAAUAACUCCCCAUCUCCCGUAUCGGUGCAGGAAAGAACGCUUUUACAUUUGACAGAAAAGUGUGAGCGUGAGGAAGAAAACGUCGUUAACCUGUUUGAACAUCAGCUGACACUCCAGGUGUGGACGUCCCCUCUUUGUUUCCCCCUAAAUGCUGCCGCCAAGAAAGUGAAACCGCCCCUGGCCUCGACGUAUCCGUUUCGAGCCCACAGCGACAGUCUCAAACAACGGAUGUGGAUGCAGGUUCAAUUCUAACCCGAGUGGAUUCUCGAGCAGGUUGUUGCGUCGGUGCCGCGCCGUAUGAACAAAAGUGUACGGUGAGGGCCAGAAAAUGGAAGGAAAGCUGACAUUUGCCUCCCUGCUGCAGGGUUAACACCUUUGACUUGACUUCCUACAGCAGUGCGCGAGAGUGAGUGCGGUACUUUUGCACAAGCAUUUCAACUGUGGGGUAAGUCAAAAGUCCAUAGUCCACCGCUGAACUUUAGUCCAUAGUCAUGCCACACUCAUAUUCACACUCGCCACAGUGUAUACCAGUCACGGGGUAGCCAAAGUGGGGAGCCUCCGUUGUUUCAUCCCGCGUCGCUUUCAUGCAGUCGACGCUCCUGACACAUACACGUACACGAAGUGCACGUAUUCCCUUUCUGAGCGUCACGCAUUCAGCCGAUUGCGCGCGUGCGUGUACGGCUUGGUAGGCAUGCGGCUUUCGGCCGGGCAUUUGCAGAGCGCGAGGGCUCCGGAAUCAACUCCUGGUCGCGGCGUCCGGUGACGAUUGCGGUGUCCCUGCGGAUGCGCCGCAUUGAUUGUGCUCGGUUACGUGCCAACGAGACGACACGGACACGUCGUCAAGUUACAGUACGACAUCGCUGCCAUUAAAAAGGCGCGUUUGUCAUUCACUUCUGUAAAUCUGAGAAUAUAGUAGCUGCUUUCACAUCAUGAAUAGUAGUUUGUAUGAAACAGGGACGGACGUGGUUGAAAUGUUCUCUCUCUCUCUCGUCAGCCGACUGUUCUGAACUCGAUGCAAAGUGUCAUACUAAGCAGAGUAACGCCGCACCGACGAGUGGAGCAAUUGCAGUUUUCGUGUCGGCGUAAGCACGAGCUGGCGUGUCGCUGGGACAAUGCGCCUCAACUGCAAGGCACGGUUCAUCGACAAUCGAUUCCAAACCGUCGCCACACUUCCCGAUGAUUCAUUCAUCGAUUAGUACGCCCAUCCCUACUAAUCCAUUUGAACGAAUUGCACUCGAUGAUCAUUAUGCCCUUCUUUUAGAUGAUCUCCAUUAACGCCCAUCCAUAAACAGCCUCCCGCUUCCUCAAACAGAGCAUCUUGCGCGAUACAGUUCCAAAAUACGCUACCCGGUAGCAAACCUUAAAGAAACAUCAGCCAGCUCAAAAACACCGCAAUCUCAUUGACACCCGCCUUUAAUGUCGAAACGUUUCGCUGCCGUGAGAGUUAGAUCCCGAUGCAAAUCUUCACAGUUGCUCGGUAUGCGUCCGUCGACAAAAUUGGAAACAAAUUGAACGCAUUCAGCGUUGUAUGUGAUUACGCCGAUGAUAAUGGAUCGAGCAUGCUGUAGAGACAAUGUAGCCCAGAAUCGGACCUCAUGUGACAUUUUAUGGAUAUGAAUCAUGACUCCGUGAUGAACACACUUGUGUACAUCACCUUCCGCUCCUGCUUCUGAUGGAAAACAAGUAGCAUUUCUCUUAACAGCAGCGGCUUAGAUGAUAUUAUGCUUAGUGACACAAAAUGCAGCAGGUUUGGACAAAAUUAGAUCAUCGCAGGCUUACUGACAUAGUCAACGAUGACUACUAGAUUUGGUGAUGAGAAAGGAUUUCCAAUGUAAAUCAGUAUUUUUCUAUAGUAUGCAGUGAUUCCAUUAUCAUUCACAGUCUGAAACGUAGUAGUAAAUCAUGAUAAGAUAAGAGCUACGUCCUGCAACCGUUUUUUUAUACACCUCCAUUUGCAAUCCAUUCCUCCUGAUGUUUGAUAUCUCGGCCUGGAGCUGUCCGCAGUGUUCUUGAUAGCUACUCGGCGAAUAUACAACACGUGAUAAUGUGCUGUAGGGAAAUGAAGCUCAUCCUGUGGCUGACUGAUAUGGUCAAAGGUGGGAGUUUGAAUUGUGUCUGCACGUAAAAAGGCUUCUUUUCCCGAGCUAAACGCUUGAUUUACUGUCAAAGGUGCAGCCACCCAAUCCGAUUCCAACAAGCGCAAGACAACACGGUCAAGAUUAGCCUCGAAUCUGUCGGUAUCUGAAAAUGGCCGUCGUCACUGGGCCGCAUACUAUUUAUGGUUUGUAUUGGAGCAGAUGAACACACCUUCGAAGGAUUUCUUCUUUCUAAAUACUCGGACAGGCGAAUUGUCAGCUCUGCUGUGGAUGGAGAAUCAAAAUGCGAUGCCCUUACUUGAGUUGAACAUGUUCUCCAGCGCAUGAAAACACACAAUUGACGCGUUUGUGCAAUGCAGAUUCAGGAAAAAAAAAAAAGAGUGGAUGAUGGUGGGGAUGGUGAUGAUGCGCAAAAGAAACGGAACGUGGAAAUUCUUCCCCAAUUGUUCUUGAAACGGAUUCCACCUGCUUCGGUGCACGAUGAACGCCACAAGGAACGGCAACAUUGUCAUUCUUAGCUUGUGAGAGGACUGCGACUUUGGGACAGAAGACUUGCUCGACACCCCUCCCGCUCCCCCCGAUCAUGUCUCAUCAAAUAUGUGCCAUAUUUUAUCUUGCAACGCGUACAAGACAAAAACUAUUGUGUAAUGAUGAUGAUAGACUUAAUGUUUUGUUUUUUUGUGAACCAUAUUGUGUAACAAGAAUCUUUGUUCAAGUUUAAUGCUACUAGUGUUACUAGAAUACUGAUGCUGCAGUCUGUUACUAUGUGGACGUGUGAGUAUGUAUGCAAGAAAGAACAAAUUGGUCAGCAGUU